UCUUCCUUCCCUCCUUCCGUCCUGCAGCCUCGGCCCGUCUACUGUGAAAAAAAGGGAAAAUGAGAAACAGCAGCUGCGGACGGACAGCGACACCGAACCGAUACUAAACUGAGUCUGGCUCCCAGCGGAAUGGCGGAAGAGCGGCAGCUGUCGGUCCGGCGCCCGAGCUCAGUGUCUGAUCGACGGCCUUGAGUCAGCAGGAGCGCCGCUGGAGCUGCGGAACUCUGGAGGAAGUGUCGGGUGGAGCUGCAGUCUGCCGGGCCGGGCCGAACUGAGCGCUGCUGUGCGGAGCUGAACUGUCGUCCUGAGAAUGCCCAGCUAGGAAUCGUUCGAAUCCUCCACGUUUCAGAGCCAGAUUGAAUUUUUCCUGCCCACCUGCCUUCUUCCCGACCCACCUCAGGCUGGAGCAUGGAGCGCUCAGGCAGCAUCCAGCUAGACAUCCCAGACUUCAGUAACUCCGUCCUCUCCCACCUGAACCAGCUGCGAGUCCAGGGCCGCCUCUGCGACAUAGUGGUCCAUGUGCAGGGCCAGAGCUUCCGGGCCCACAAGGUCGUCCUGGCCGCUAGCUCGCCAUACUUCCGGGACCACAUGUCGCUGAACCAGAUGAGCACAGUGUCGCUGACCGUGAUCCGCAAUCCGUCCGUGUUCGAGCAGCUGCUGUCCUUCUGCUACACUGGCCGGCUCUGCCUGCAGCUUGCGGACAUCAUCAGUUACCUGACGGCCGCUAGCUUCCUGCAGAUGCAGCACAUCAUCGACCGCUGCACCCAGAUCCUGGAGGGGAUCCACCUGAAGAUCAGUCUGACUGACCUGGAAGAAGAAGCAGCAGAGGAGGAGCCUGAUGGAAACUCCAGAGGCGUCAGGACUCUGGAGGCGGUAGUGCGAGGUGGGCAACAUGCAGGUCUGCGCCUCCUCGGCAGUCAGGGAAGUGUGGAGGCUAGUGAAACUGUAAGUCCAGUAGAGGAGGCUCUCAGUCCCCUGCAAAUUGUGGAGCAAAGUGGGAUGGAAGUGCCACCCAGAACCAGCAAAGACACCAUCCUGCGGAUCAACCGGGCUGGACAGUGGUACGUGGAGACCAGCGGCGAAGCUGAGCGACCUGGUAGUGCCGGGGAGGGCAGCAGUGUGGAUGGAGUCAGGAUCAAGACUGAGAGGAUGGAGCAGUGGAUUGGAGCAGAGCACCAGGAAGAGGAGGGGGCCAGUAUGGAAGAGGGAGCCACUGUGAUGAUCGACACAUCAGGACGCAGCACGCUGGUGGCUCGACCUGUUGGAACGCUGGGUGUCCGCACUAUUCAGCCGUCCACCAGAUUCAGCAAGUCAGACAGGUUCAGUCCCACCGGCAGCGUGGUUGUGUUGGCCGAGCGACAGAGAGCAAAGAGUGAGUCCCCUGGCAGGAUGGACGAGGGCCGGCAGCCCAGCUCCCAGGGAGAAGAGCAUGCAUCAUUUGACAUGGGCGGCUACGAAGACUACCUGAGGGAGCAGGUCGGAGACCGCUGGUUCCGUUACAACCCCAGACUCACCUGCAUCUACUGUUGUAAGUCCUUCAACCAGAAGGGAAGCCUGGACCGCCACAUGCGCCUGCACAUGGGCAUCACGCCGUUUGUCUGUCGCAUUUGCGGUAAGAAGUACACGCGCAAAGAUCAGCUGGAGUAUCACAUCCGCAAGCACACGGGCAACAAGCCCUUCCACUGCCACGUCUGCGGCAAGAGUUUCCCCUUCCAGGCCAUCCUCAACCAGCACUUCCGCAAGAACCACCCUGACAGCAAGCCCCAGGAGGCCCACAGCGCCUCCCCGGAGACCACCACCACUUCCGUCACGUCCCGAGGUGGCCCCAACGACGAAGCCUCUCCCAGCCAGGAGGAGCCAGAGAGCGGCGUUGGCGACAGGGGCAAGUACGGCGAAGAAGCGCAUGCGUCCGGACCAGGGUGGGGCAGGGGGGCAGACGUGGAGAUCACAUCCUGUUGCACCUCAAGCCAAUCUAACGCUGAAGCACCUCAAAUCACUGCAGCAACCGCAUCUACCUUCACCUACCAAGCUGAACAAAAGAAGCUCAAUGAAGAAACGCCACACACUCCGACAACCUCAUACACCACAUGAUGCAGUGGUCCAGUUUGCCUUGGUUCUGUUACAUGUUUCUACGUUUUUAUAUUUACAGUUGUUGUUGUUUAAGGUUCACAUCACAGAAUCAAAGCAGUGAAAUCUUUGCCAAACUUACUGACGUGCCAGUUGUACCAAUCCAAUCCUCAAUUUUUGCCUUGAGACAAUCCGGAGCAGCUGGAUCCGUAAUCUUCCCGCUCGCUCGUCAAGUGCCACUACGGCGUUAAAACGUUCAGUUGCACAAAAAACAAAUGGCUCGAUGUGAAAAUGACGACUGUUAGAAAUCCAGUGUGGUUGGAGUUCCCGUGCCCAGGCAAGAUCAACUCGGGUUCUGAGCUUGACGUUCCACAUCAAUAGACUUGCUAUUGCCUCAGUAUUGGUUUCCACCGGCUUGUCCAGUUCCCCUGCUCUCUUGUGGCUCAAAUGAGCAAUUCUACUUGUAAUUGAGUCACUUGACAACAACAUUGAAAAUGGUGAUUCGAGUGAAACGUAAACCAAAAAGUGUAACUAACUAACACUGAAGAGAUCACAUAUUUUUGAAUGUGCCCCUGAAGAUCCCAUGUAAAUCAAAGAAAACAAACAAGAUGCACUUUUAGUAUUGGUGAGCUUUAUAUAGUCACUUUACAGGGUCAACCACAACAACUUUUGUCUCUAGGGCAUUUUUCUGACCCAUCUUACUUUAGAAGGAGUUAAAAGGCUUUCAGCAUCAUCUUUCCAUCCCAUGCCCCCUCAAUACUUGUUUUAUUAGCCGCCUUUGUUAAAUCUACAUGUAGCUGUCAUAGGAUUGGCAAGAGCGCGAUGAACUCCAAGCACACUGAAUUGAUUUGUUUGGCGAUAACAUUUUGUUCAUGCGAGGAAGUGUGAAAUACAGUUCAAUCUAAAAACUAAAACCAUUCAGCAGCCUGCUGUCUGACCAGCAGGAGCUCUGGACCCAGUCCAGCCUCGGAUAAGCUACACAGCUCAGUUACCUCUCAUCACUACGCAAUACAGCUGCUGCACAGCACCACCGGGGGGAGCUCCGAUACACUCUCGGAGUUCCCCGUUACGUUUCCUCAGAUAUUUUUAUAACAAACAUGCUUUGUUAUUGUUUUUGCUUGUUUUGGUUCUCUUUUUUGCUUUGACAAUGUGUGAGUUGGAAGGACAUCCUCUCGGGAUAUUUGCAUCCUCACCUGAUCGGAAACAUCUGUCGUCAUCAAAGAGGCGGUCGAAUUUGCUGCUGUUUGAGAAUGACUAAGAACAAGUCAGAUUGUACAGCUAUAGAGCUAUAUUUGAAAAGAACUUCUGAAAUACUAUUUAGAAAAUAUAUAAAUAUUCAGAAGUUGUAUUUAACCAGGAUUUACAUCCUGGUUUUAAUCCUCUUUUAUGGGGAGACAUCUGGAUCACUGGGACAUUCACUGCUAGUCUAGUGAUACCAUUCAGGAGGUGAGCUUUGGAGUCCUAAGUCUGAGUGAACUCACUCUCUGUGGGCUCACUAGAUGUUUCAAAAAUAGACCACCAACAUGACCUGAAAUGUAUUCCAGUGUGCCUGAGAGAAUCUGUCUAUGGGCUCAGAUCCGUAGCCAUGUUAUAGCUACACUUUAGUGACAGACUUGAGAUCCACUACGUACGAAAAUGUACUUGUCCUUUUCAAACAAUGUUACCGACACUGAUCACCUACUUCUAUGCAUUCUUUACGUUAGUAUUGCUGUUCACCAGUAUGUCCCCCUGGUGGCAGCCCAGAGUCAAAAGACGACGACAAACUCUGCAUCGAAUAUUGAUCAUGUGCCUCAAGCACCGCAAAGAUAAAAAUGGAGACCGAGGACGGGGAGUCCGUCAAAAACAUUGUGACUGAAAGAUGGAGAUUCUUCGCCAUUGUUAUGUCUUCCUCAUGUCUCAUUAUAGCUACAUAUCGGGUAGUAACUGAAAUAGUGCCCCUACAGUUUCCAGUGGUACUGCUCUGUUUGGUCCAUAUCUAUAAGCUUUGCAGAUGAAAUGAGCACCGAGCACAGAAGGAAGGCACUGUACUUGUCUAGAUCCGUAUGUAAUGUUGAGUAUAAUUGGGCCUUGAGGAGUACAAAGGGUUUAGACACCAGAGGAUGGAUGUUGUACGUCUUGAUACCACUUUUCUGGCUUACACAUUGGAGAGUGGUUGAUAGUCAAAAGCAGAGAGGUUUAUUGCUGUUCGUACAAAGAUCCCCAAACUUAUGUGCCAUAUCACAAUAUAGACACACGAGUGCAGCCUUGCAGUUUCUUCUUAUUUAGCCAAUAACAUAUCAGUGUGGCUCUUGAGUGGGUCUGUCUGAUCACUUCUUAAAAUUCCAAUUGAAUGUCUGCUAUUCUUCAGGGGAAGGUCAAAGACAGUUCUGGAAAAGUAGCUUUGCAAAUUCAAUGAGCAUCAAGAUAUGUUUAUUAAAUUGUAACUUUUGUCCAACUACGCCCUAAUAGAUCAGGUGAAAUAGUUUACCAUGUGUAGCAUCUUUACUAUAGCUCUUCACGUCCAGUUUUCUUCCUCAUAUGUGAAGUCAGGUCAAAGGGCAGCGAGGUCAACAGGCCGAGACUUACCUAUCCUCCAGCUCUUCUGGUGAAUUCCCUUGCACCUGUUUACAGUUAGCCUAGCUUUCUUCGAGAAAAUGGAACCUCUCAAAUCUUCAAGGGUCAGUUUUGUGUCGCUGAGGAUAUUUGGAAAUUUGUCUUGUGCCAGGGUUCAGUGACUGUUACCAUUUGCCGUUGAGUUGGAACAUUUCAUUUUAUUUUUUUGAAAUGGCACAGUUGAUGCCUCAUUGACAACCGAUGGUUCCGAUCUGGAUGAAGAUGAUUGGGUAGCGAUGGGGUGUGUGACACCAGUCCCUGUCAGACCACUUGGAUGUAGUAGCCAGGACACAGAUCUGGACUUAAAAGAAACCCUGCAGUGGUCAAAGACCUCCUGGAGGGUUGCAACUGGUCGGACCACCUGGCAACCAAAGGAAAGACUUUGGCCUCGUCGGCCUUCCAAACAACUUUAGCACUUAACCGCAAAAGACUUUAAUAACUGCGAACUGAACUUUUAUAACACAGAACACUGAAAAAAGACUCAACAUGUUUAAGUUGAUGUUUCCAGAUUGAUAUCGCCGAGCAAGAAGACGACUAACGGGCAGCAGGAACGGAUCGGCUCUUGCUGUUUAGCGAAACUGUGAAGCAGUUUCUUCAUGGACGGUCCAUUUUCUUAUGCAAGUGAAGCCAGCGGCUCAGUCCUCACCAAGGCCGGCUGGACUCAGUUGCGCUCACUUUUCAGGCUAAAUCAGGAUCUAUCAGGUAUACAGACUCUUUCUUUUCACAUGGUAACGUGGUUUACCUUACAGUAGCAGAAUGCUAACAGUGAAACCUCAGAAACUCAUCUGUAAAUAACUCAUCUGCAGCAGGUAAGAAAAACACAAACCAGGGCAGUGCAGUAUCGAACAAAUAUUAGUAAUCCCAAUAACCAUAACACCUCUGGGUGACAACGGUCGCAGGAGACGUUGCUGUUUGAUCGGCUGUGGGUCGGUCGGGCCGAAGUUCACCUCGUUUCUAGUUUCAUCACUCUUGGUUCUCUCAUAUCUGGCUGUUUUGGAAAAAGGUUUUUUUUUUUUUUUUGGCUGGAUCAGAGUUGGGAUUCAGAACUUGUAACAGGUCCUUCCUGCGGUCGUUCACUUAAGUGAACUACAUUUUCAAGUUUCGUCCAGUCCAGGUCGAGGAAUGUUUGAAGGAGGAAACCAAGUCUGGGUGACCGACCAACUAUCUAUUGCCAAAACGUUUGUCAUGUCUCCUCGAAGAAGCAACUGUCCUAUUCCGAGUCUCUCACAGGUGACAGGAUUAAUGACCUCAGCCAAUCACAAUGCUGGAAAUUAACCUGCUGUGUAACUUAUGCCACCUGCUUCAACCAUAACACCUGAUGCUUCUACAUCGAGGAGGUGAGGGCCUCCAAAACCCAUGCAUUAAGAUCCAGUUUAAAGAUCUUUUAGUAGUCUGCUUGAUCAAUGUGGCAAUGCCGGUUCAGUUGAAGGAAGGAGGGGAGGCUUUUUUUCUGGGCAUCAGCCUAUCAUCCAGGAGGAGGAUGGUCUGAUCACAGAGCAGUCUAGGAUGCUUAACUGGCCUCAUCUAGAAGCCUGUGAGAGGGUGGGUGACUCUUGGCGCAACAGGGACCCCACUGUUCAAAACUGAUUAAAUGAUGAAUUCACUUCAACAUUUUGAAGCCAGAACACAAAUACAAAUAUUCCGGAUCACUGAGUUUGAGUGUGAGGUCAUCACAGUUGAGCAUGAUAGAACUGGACUGAUUGAAGACCCCUAACUGAAAUGUGUCACCAGGAAAUCGAAUACAAGCUUGGCGUCGUCUGUGACAGACUCGGAGUAGACCCCCGACACUCACUCAGGUUUCCUCCUUCAGGCUUCUUUUGCCCUUUGCUUUGUUAAACUGUGAAAACAACCUCAUCAUCAUCAUCAUCAUCAUCCUCAGUUGGUCUCCCUCACGAGACCUUCUUGUCACAUAUGUUCUUGUCUCUCACAUUUACUGUUUGAAUUUUGAUUCUAUAAUAUAUAUAAAUAUAUAUCAGUAAUCUUGACCACAACUUGCCUACUCAUGAAUCAAUUUCAAAUAUAUUCACUUGUUGAUUCCUCAAAUGUAUCCUAAUAUAUCAAAGCCGAAAAGUCCAAGACAAGAGUUUUAGUAAAUUAACGUUUAUUACUUUUUGUUUGUUGAGAAGUACUAAACCAUCGUGGAGGAACCUGAAAGGUUUGUUUUUAUGUGAAGAUGAUUUAUGUUGCAUGUGUCUGUUUCAAAUAUGGUGGUGGGAUGAGGGAGGGGGUGAGGCCAAAGGUUGAUUUGCUACAAAAUGUGAAGACGCUUCUUUCACGAUGACCACUAGAUCACUCACAGGUCGCAUCUCCUUCCGAGGAAAUAAAGCACUUUAAGUGUCAAACAGCAAUGUUGUUCUCUUUUUUUUUUGACACCGUCUUUGAUGUGGGAGCUCAACCUUCAGGGCAGAAGACAAUUCGGUGGAUGUAAAACCUGAGAUGGACCCUCUCAUUGAAGUAGCAAAAUAAAAUAUAAUUAGAUAUUAUAUAUUUUUUUCUUUUCUUUUUUCCUUUUUUACGCUUCAGAUCUACUGGGGUUGGACAAAAUAAUGGAAACACCUUAAAGCUAAAAAAGCUUUAAGGCGUUUACGUUAUUUUGUCCAACCCCUGUACAUGAUUUAUUGCAAUCUGUUUUUUUUUUUAUAUUUAAAAUCAGGUUAU